AUGAAGCCAAAGACCCUGAGAAUAUCAAGGGGGGGGGGGGCGAGGAGCGAGGGCGUUGCCAUGGAAACCAGGCGAAGGGGGGUGCAGAGGUGUGUGGGGGGGCGGUAUGCUGCGGUGGAAAGGCCAGGGGAGCUGGCCGCCCUGAGAGCGGCCGGGGCACUUAGCCACAGAGGCGGGCGGCCGAAGAAGAGGGGCGGCACCCGCUGCAGGGGCUCAAGGGCCCAGGCCUCCCCGAAUCCCGGGGGCUCUCCCUUUCUGGCUGGGAGUGGAAUGGAGUCCCUCCUACCUAGAUAUCUCAAAGCACCGACUGGAAGACUGCCGGCGGGCACCAGGGCGGUUGGUGGGACAGCGCAGGAUCCAGAGAGCGCGAUGAGCAAUCAUUCGACCCCGCCCUUCGACCCUCGCUUUCCCACCCAGAACCAGACCCGCAACUGCUACCAGAACUUCCUGGGACAUUUCUCCAAACCCUCCUUACGUGGAGCACCAAGUACUGUGGUCUCUGCAGGAGACACAGUGACCCUCCUGUGCCAGGCGUCACCCACCUAUCAUAACCCCAAAUUCACGUUCUCUCUGCUGAAGGCUGGGGUGCCCCAUCCCGUACAGCGCCAGAGCCCAGAAGGGGAUGAGGCCAACUUCACUCUCCCGUCUGUGAAGGCUGAGGAUGCUGGGAGCUACAGCUGCAUUUGCUCAGUGGAAGGGAGAGCAUCAUCUCCCAGUGACGACCUGCACUUGGAGGUGGCAGGUGCGAGGAGAGCCCUCGAGAUACCUCCACCUCCCUUUCCCCCGUAUGUGGGGCUGGUGGGGGGGGCAUGGAUGAUAAAAUAGCCUCAUCGGGCAUUUGUGUGGCACCUUCUAUGAACCAGGCACCGAGCUAAUAGCUGUACAAAUAUGGCCUCAUUUUAUCCUCCCCAAAACCCUGGGAGGGAGGUGCUGGGAUUGUUAUUGUUGCCUUCUGUCUUAGAAUCAGCAUUAAAUAUCAGUUCUAGGGCAGACCUGGAAGGGCUGGGCAAUCAGGAUUAAGUAAUUAGCCCAGAGUCACACAGCCAGGAAGUGACUAAGAGCAGAUUUGAACCCAGGACCUCCCAUCUCCAGGCCUGGCUCUCCAUCCACAUAGAUACCCAGCUGUCCCUGGGUGCUGUUUUUAUUAGGACUGGGAGAUUGGGUUGUUUGUUGUGGGGAGAGAUGGCGGGGGGAGGGGGGGGCCCAGGGGAGCUGUGAAGGGUUUAUCCAAGCCAGUUUGUUGUCAUUCCUCACCUGAGGUUAGCAUCAAAGCAUUGCCUGAUGAUCUGUCUGUUGCUGGAUCUCCUCACUGUGAUAAUAGCCUCUAAAUACCUUCAGAGGUUCCUCUAGGGCUAAGUAGCUUAUCCUUGUUCAUUCACAUUUUCUCAGCCAUUGUGGCCAGUCCUGUGUUCCGGUCACAGCCAUAUGGAGCAAUAAUGGAGGCUCUUGUUAUGGGGUUGUAAUGUAAUGGGGUUGCACAAGUUGUCCUGGGAAAAUGUUGGUAUCUAACCAGAUCUUUACUGUAAUCCUGAAAUAGUGGUUUAAAAAAGGAGGAGCAACUGAGUAGCUCAGUGGAUUGAGAGCCAAGUCUAGAGACGGAGGCCCUCAAUUCAAAUCUGGCCUCAGAUACUUCCCAGCUGUGUGACCCUAGGCAAGUCACUAAACCCCCAUUGCCUAGCCCUGACCAUUCUUCUGCCUUGUAACCAAUACACAGUAUUAAUUCCAAGACAGAAGGUGAGGGCUUAAAAAAAACUGAAGUGGUGUGGAAAUAUGUUUUUCCCUAAUAGCAGCACCAAUAGGUGGUUAGAUAAAGAAUGAGUGACCCCAAAAUGUGGGGAAAUUCGUUAAUAUGUAUAACAAUUCCCCCCCCUGAGAUCCCAUGUUACAAUGGUAUCAAGAGAGGCUGAAAUUCAUUUUCACCUUUUAUGAGAUCAUAAAUAUCUAUGAAUGUAACAUGUAAUUGUGGGAAGCGUGUUGGAAAGAGCAGCGUAAAACUUUCUCUGUUGUCUUGGCAUUUACCACCAGAACAUGAAAGUCGUGUUGAUGAAGAGAACACAAAGAAUUACAUCCUCCUUGUCUUGUCCUUUGA